UCAUUGUCAAAAUAAUUUUUAUCAACAUUUGUUAUGUAUACAAUUUAUAAAAUAUAUAGUAAAAUAUUAAUUAUAAAGAUGGAAUAUAAGUAAAGUAAACUAUCAGUAUUUAAAUUUUUUAUUUCUAUAGAUAAUUUUUAAAUAUUUAUUGACAAUGACUCCUAAGCGCAAGACUACAAGUUCAGAAUCAACGUCAUCGAGUAGUUCUGGUUCAUCAUCCAGCAGCUCAUCAAGUUCUGGAAGUGAAUCGAGUUCAUCGGAUUCAGAAAACUCAAGUAGUUCAGCCCGCAGUCAAAAAGUAUCUGAUUCUGAUAACAAAAAUAACAAAAAGAAACCAGUGACGACAUCAACGUCUGGUAAUAAUAAUAAUAAUAAUAGCAACAGUAAUCGUCAUGUCAAGACAAAAACGGAAACAUCAUCAGCGACAGCAGCAGAUAAAAGUAAAGAUAAGACACCUCAGAAAUCAACAGCGCGCGCUAUUUAUUCAUCAGAAUCAGAAGAAUCUCCGGCCAAAACAAAGGCGCCGGCUAAAAGAAAACCGCCGACGAAACCCAAAGCAACGGCGACUGUUGCGCCUGUGAUAAAAGCACAGAAGCAAGUUAACAAAACCCAGACAGUACAAAGUAAAAAUUCAAUUUUAGCGUCAAAAUUAAUAAGUAGUAAGCAGAAAGCUGCAAGUGGAAACGGCAGUAGUAAUAAUUCUGGUGGCAGUACAAGUAAAGUUAAUGAUAAGGGGAAUAAAUCCACUGGGGAAAGUGGCCAGAAGAAAUUAAAGAAGAAAAGUAUUUUUAGUCCGGAGAAUAGCAGUGAGAGUGACAGUCCACCAGCUAAGUCUGGUAUCAAAUCGGCUAGUAAUGUCGCGAGAUCGAAGCCACCACCGAAACCUAAAGCUGCUGAGAAUAAAUCGCGGCCACCAGCUAAUAGACCUAAUCUGGUAACAAGACAUCAAAAAUCAGAAAGCUCUGCCAGUUCAAAAAGUUGCUCAGGUGGUUCCGGUAACUCCGAAUCAUCUGGUUCAUCAGCAAGUACUUCAGAUUCCGACUCAUCUGAUAGCACUCCCAGUCCUUUACCACCAAAAAAAAAAGAUACUCAUUCAUCCUCUACUUCAACAACAGCCAACACAGCAAGUAUCGCAUCUAAGCGACCAUCAGCAGUCGUUGCUGCUGUAAAACCUCAAAAGACAUCAAAGCGACCUAUAAUAAAAAGCGAGGAAGACGUUUCUGACAGCGACAAAGAUGAUGACGAACCAAUUGGCCGCAUCAGCUCGUCAACGACUUCACCGAAAGGAAAGAAAAAAGUGCAGCAACGCAAAGGCAGUAAAUUACUUCAGUCGCAAAUUAAAAUUCCCAGUGAUUCUGACUCAGAUGCAGCGGUUGAUAUUAAGAGAAGUGCAAGUAAAUCUCCAGUAAAACGCGCGCCAGGAAGACAAUCUUCAACGGUAUCAAGAACGAAUCAAGGGUCUGGCAGCGGAGGUACAAGUGGACGUGGAGGUUCAAAUUCAGUGUCACGAUCUCGCAGCGUCAAGGAACGCGAGUGUCCUUUAGCAGCAUCAUGUGACUCCAAAGGACAUCUCUCUGGGAAAUUUGAUACUCAUUUUACAUUAGAGGCUUGUCCUUUGUAUCAUAAUACUACGCCGCAAGCUUGUGUAGAAUUUUAUAAAGAACGUAAAAAACGGGAGGAAGAUCGUAAGAAAGCGCUGAUAAAUGUCGGGAAAAAAUCACCUAAGGGAGUCCCGCAUCAGACUAAUGAGCAAAGGAAUUAUCAGUUGAAGAUAAAGGAGUUGAGAAGCAAGUGGAAACGUCCGAAUGAUGAUGGGAAUGAUAGUGACAGUGGGGGUGAACGGUCGGCUAUUGAAAAAGAUCGGCAGCCGCGACUGACUGGACUUACUUCUGAUUAUGACUUGAAACUUUUCAUGGAGGCCCAAGCUAUUGCUAGUGAGAAAAUUGAGAAGGAAUUAAAAGAUUUAGAUUAUGAUGUUGAGGGAAAAAAUAAUGGCGGCACUAAAUGUGUAGAAAUGGGCAAAUGGGAAAUGGAAGUUUGGUAUCAAAGCCCGUAUCCUGAGGAAUUUACUCGUGCACCGAAGCUUUAUUUGUGUGAAUAUUGUCUGCGUUAUGCUAAAAGUAAACAAGUGCUGAGGAGACAUAGAGAAAAAUGUGUAUGGAGACAUCCACCAGGUCAUGAAGUGUACAGAAAAGACAAAAUAGGAGUGUGGGAAGUUGACGGCAAACGUUACAAACAGUACUGUCAAAACCUCUGUCUCCUCGCUAAAUUUUUUCUCGAUCACAAAACACUUUAUUACGACGUCGAGCCAUUUUUAUUCUACGUAAUGACAAUCAAUGAUUCCGAGGGCUGUCAUACUGUUGGAUACUUCAGCAAAGAAAAAAAUUCAUUUUUAAACUACAACGUCUCGUGUAUCUUGACCUUACCACCAUAUCAACGUCAGGGCUAUGGUCGACUUUUAAUUGAUUUUAGUUAUCUUUUAACAAGAGUAGAAAAAAAAAUCGGUUCACCGGAAAAGCCAUUAUCUGAUCUGGGUCUCAUUUCCUAUCGAAGUUACUGGAAAGACGUAUUAUUACAAUAUCUUUGUCAUUUUGGUGGCAAAGAAUUAUCUGUAAAAGACAUUAGCAAAGAGAUGGCUAUCGACUCGUAUGAUAUCGUCAGCACAUUACAAGCUCUGGGAAUGAUGAAGUACUGGAAGGGUAAACACAUCAUACUUAAGAAACAGGACGUAAUCGAUGAUUACAAAGAACGUGUGAAACGACGAGGUCCCGUUUACAAAGAAAUAGAUCCCGAAUGCCUCAAAUGGAAUCCUUUCCAACCGCCAAAGACUCCAUCAACUUCUAAUUAAUUAAUUCAUUAAUUAAACAGUUAAUUAAUUAUUUUAUAAUUUAAAUACUCAAGUAAUGAUUACUGUCAUACAUUUGCAUAAAAAAAAUUACAACAAAAAAAAUACUUGUCAUUACAAGUUUCCUCGACGUUAUUUUUAAAAUUUCUAUCAAAGAAUACUCUCCUAAUUAAUUAAUUAAUUAAUUAAUUAAUUAAUAAGUAUGACGACAAAAGUUUAUAACUUUGAUUAAUAAAUGUCUUGUGCCUUAACGAGUUUCUUCUUAAAUUUAAGGAGAAUCUGUUAAGACGUAAUUGUAGAUAAAAAUAAAUGUUUAGC